AUGAUUACAUAUAAAAAAAAAGUAAGAGAUUUCAAUAAAAGUAAUAAAAAAGAGGAGACUAAGUAUGUGUCUUGGCUGAGUUUUAUAACUUUUCAUUGGGUAACAAGGUUGUUGAAUAACCUUAAGAAAGAUGAGAUUGAAUUUCCUAAAAUUCGAAAAAAUGAUAAUAUUGAAUAUUAUGUAUCUAAAUUAGAACAAAAUUCAAGAAAUAUAUCUGUAAAAGAAUCUGAUUUUAAUAAUAAUUUUUAUAAAAAAAAAAAUUUCAAUACGGAAGAUCAUUAUGCUUUUGAAAAGCCAAGGAAAAACGAAGAAUAUAAUGUAUAUUAUAGUAGUAUUGUUUUAUCAAUUUUUAAAACAUUUAAAUUUCACAUAAUUUCAAUUUUUAUUUUUAAUAUUUUACAUACUUUAUUUGUAAUCAGUUCAGGGGGAUGUAUAGACAAAUAUAUGCGGUUACUGAAGGGUGAAAUGAUUCCAUCAUUUCCUCUAUUUUUGAAUAAUUCUAAAUUAUUAUUUGGAUUAUUUGUAGUUAUUUUAUUGGCAUCAGAAUUUUUUUUUGAUUCCAUUUUGAAUUUUUAUUAUUACGAGUUAUUAGUAAAUAUGGAAGUAUCCGUAAUGCAUUUUCUAUAUAAAAUUAAUUUAUAUAGUUAUGAUAACAAUUUAAUAAAUGACUAUAUAUAUAAAAGUAGGGGAAAUUUUUUGGAUUUUAGAGAAGAUAAAAUAAAAAAAAGUACUUCAUGUGAUACUAUCGAUAGCAAUUUUUCUUGUAAAAAUACAUUUUGUAGAGAAAAUUAUGGUAAUAAAUAUAGCAAAAAAUAUUAUAUAAUUAACUUCUUUAAAAAAAAAAAGAAAGUGAAAGAAGAAGAAAAAAUAGAGGAUGCAUCCGAUAUAAGUAUUUAUAAUGUUAUGUUUAUGGAUACUCCAUCUUUAGUUCUUUUCAUUGGUUCUAUUAUUCAAUUAUCUAAUAUAUUUGUUAAAUUUUAUAUGUCUUUCUAUGUUUUUUACUUAAAAAUGGGAUAUGACGCAGUGAUUAAUGGAAUUUUAUUAUCUGUUGUGUUAUAUAGCACAAUGAUUUUAUUUGAAUUCUUACCAAUUUUAUUUAAGAGUAAAUAUUUAAAAUAUAGAGAUAGAAGAAUUGAUAAUAUGCAUCAUGUAUUAAAAGAAUUUAAGUUAAUAAAAAUGUUUAAUUGGGAAUCGAUUGCUUUUAAUUAUGUAAAUUAUUUUAGAAAAAAGGAAAUGAAAUUAUAUAAAAUACGACUUUAUUUGGGAACUAUAGGAAUUUACAUAAAUGCAAUAUCAGCUGAUAUAAUUGAAGUGGUGUUAUUCUUUUUUUUUCUAAGAGAGAAAUUAAAUAACCAAAAGGAAAUUAAUUUUGGUUCUAUUGUUGUGCCACUAUUUGUUUACAAAUCAUUAAUUUCAAGUGUUUCGAAUUUUCCAAAUUUAAUGAAUAGCUUAAUGGAAGGUGUAGUAAAUAUUAGGCGUAUAAAUAAAUACAUUUUCCACCAUUUAUAUUACAAAGAUAUCAAUAAUUAUUUUAAGUACAUUUCAAAAAGUAAUAAUUAUUAUAAUAUUACAAAAUUUGAAGCAUUUCUUGAGAAUGAAGAAGUAGAGAAUUUUAAAAAUAGGCAAAACCAUAACCAUAAAAAAAGCACAUUUGUAAAAUUUUUUACUUUUUUCUUUUUUAACAAGAGAAAAAAAAAUAUAAAUACAAUAAAUAGAAAAAUAUUAGCAGGAUUAGAUCAUGAUAUAAAUGAAUACAUAGAGAAAAAAUACUUCGAAUUUACAGUGAAUUGCGAGGGUACCUAUAAUACUAUUCAUCAUAAUGGAAAGGACAACAAUAAUAACAACAGUAGUAGUAUAGUAAAGGAGAAAGAAAAUGAUGAAAUGAUAAAAUUAGAGAAUUGUUCUUUUAAUUUAAUUAAAAAAUAUCAUAAUAAGUGUGGAAAUUAUAUUUUGAAGAAUAUAAAUUUUAAUUUAAAAAACAACACUUUAGCAAUCAUUAUAGGAAAUGUUGGGUCAGGGAAAACUUCCUUUUUUCAAUCCAUCUUAGGAAAUCUUAAAUUAACUUAUGGAAGUAUGUAUACUAAAAAUUUUUUGUGUAAUAUGCCAAUUUUAUAUGUUCCUCAGAAUACGUGGGUACCAUUUGGAAAUAUUAGAUCAAUGAUUCUGUUUGGUAAUGAAUAUGAUUCAUUUAUUUAUCGUCAUACAAUUAUGCAAAGUCAUCUAUUUCAUGACAUAAAAUCAUUCAAAAAUGAGGAUAUGAGAUAUAUUAAUGAUGAACAUAAUUUAAGUAAAGGUCAAAAAACAAGAAUUUGUUUAGCGAGAGCUUUAUAUCAUCACUAUAUACAUAUGCAUAAACUAAGUUCUGACUAUAAAGAAGAAAGAAAUAUAGGAAAAGAAGUUAAAAGAGGAUUAAAUACAUAUGACAUAACAAAUGAUAAUAAUAAUAAUAAAAUAAAUACGGUUAUUCAGAAAGUUCCAUUCACUAGUUAUGUUAAAAAUUGCUUGAGAGAGAAAAAUAUUUCUUAUUUAUAUUUACUUGAUGAUGUUUUUAUGUCUCUAGAUCCAUCUAUUUCUAAAAAUAUAUUUUAUAAUUUAUUUUGCAGAGAAGAAGAAAAUAAAUGUUUUAAAGAUAAUUGUAGUUUUAUUACAACUAUGAAUGAGGACACCUUUGAGAUUUUUUUAACUAAUGAAAUUCUUAAUAAUAUUCAAUAUAAAGUAGAUAUUUAUGAAUUAGAAAAUUGUACUUUACAUUAUAGAGGAGAUAUAUUUAAAUAUAUAAAAGAAAAUAAUUUAAAUAUAAAUAAAGAAAAUAAUUUAAAUAAAAAAAAAUUAAGAAUAGAAGAUAUAAAAUUAAAAUUUGAUUUUAACGGAGAAGAAUGUAAUAAUGAAAAUGAUGAUAUGCAAUAUAACAAAGUUACGUUGCCAAAGGGGCCAAAAGUUAAUUAUUCCUAUAAAAUAAAUAAUAGCUUUACACAACAUAAUAUAGAAAGUACAGUAAUAACAUCAUGCUUAGAAGAUGAUAAAAUGAACAGUAAUAAUAAGAAUAAGAAUGGUGAUGAUGCUAAUAAAAAAUUUAUAGAAGAAGAAAAUAAUUUACUUGUAAAUGAAAAUAUCAAUAAAAAUUUAUCAUUAGAAUUAGAAAAUAGUGAUGGUGUAGAUAUUUCAUACAUUGCUGAUAAUAAAGAUGAGUCAUUUUUUAAAGGAAAUAUACAAUUGAAAACAUACAUAUGGUAUUUAAAGUAUGUUGGAUAUGUAUUAUUAUUAUAUAUAGUAUUUUUUAUGCUUAUAUCUGUUUUUACAGAAGAAAUAAAGAAUUUCAUGUUAUAUAUGAUUAGUAUAAUUUCAAGAAAUGACAAAAAAUAUACAGAUGAAAUUCUACAGCAACAAGCUAAAUAUUUACAGUUGUUUGUAUUAUUACCAAUAAUAUCAUUAAUAGCUUCCUUUAUUUGUUUUAUGUUGAUAAUACAUGGUACAUUAUUGUCGGCAAUAAGGGUUCACACAAAUGUGCUAUUGACUAUUUUACAUGUACCAAUGCAUGUAUAUUAUAAUAAUAAUUUAGGUAAUAUUAUAAAUAGGUUUAUAACUGAUAUUUAUUCAUUGGAUUAUGGCUUUUUAAAGAGAAUAUAUAAAGCAGUUUUUGUUUUUUUUCGACUUUUCUUGUCUGUCAUUUUGUUAAUUUGUAUGAUGAAAGAUACUAUUUUCAUUUUCCCAUGUAUUGCUAUAUUAAUUUAUUUUUUUGUUUUUAAGAAAUUUUCAGAAGGAUUUAAAGAAGCCCAAAGGGGUUACUUAAGAGCUCAGUCUCCUUUAUGUAGUAUGUAUAGCAAUACUAUAAUAGGAAAAAAUAUAAUUAACUUAUAUAGAAAGAAUGCCUACUUUUUAAGUAUAUAUGAAGAUUAUAUAGCUAGUUUUAAAAAUUAUAACCUUUUAAAGUGGUCAAUAACCAUAUGGGCUUCCUUUUACACGAAGUUCAUUGUUUUAAUAUUAACUACUUAUUUUAUAAUGUAUCCUCAUUUAUUUUUUAAUACAAUUCCUAAUUUUCAUAAAGAAACUAAUUAUGAGAAAAUUAUAAGCACCAUUGGGUAUUGCAUUACAUUUUCCUCAAGAAUUGGUAUAAUUAUAAAAAUUCUCCUAUGUGAUUGUACCUACAUAGAGAAAGAGAUGUGUUGUGUGCAACGAUUAGAAGAAUUAUCCAAAAUGCCUAAGGAAGAACAUUUUUUAGAUGUAGAAAAUGAAGAAAGAAUAUUGAAGUAUAAAGAAAAAGGAAAAAAAAAUAUCUCUGAUUAUUUAGAUGAAAAAAUAUCUUUUAGUAAAAACAUGGAUGUCUUUUAUGUUGAUGAAUCAAAAAAGAAGUAUGGUAUUUACCUUGAAAAUGUUUGUGUUAGUUACAAAAGAAAAGUACUUUUAGAUAAAAAAAAUAAUACUUACUGCUACGUAGAUGAAGAAUUAUCUUUAAAAAAUAUUAACAUUUAUGCAUUGAAGAAUCAAAAGAUUGGGAUAAUAGGUAAAUCUGGAUCAGGGAAAAGUACCAUAAUUUUAUCUGUUCUAGGUUUACUUCAUACUAAUGAGGGAAAAAUAACAAUAGAAGGAAGAGAUAUUAGAACAUUUAAAGGGGAAAAAAAAAAUGAUAUUAUUGGUAUUUUACCACAAUCAUCCUUUGUUUUUUUUAAUUGGAAUAUAAGAAUGUUUAUUGAUCCUUAUCAAAAUUUUAGUGACGAAGAAAUUGUUGAUGCUUUUAGAUUAAUUGGUAUAAAUUUAAGUUUUAAAGAUUUAGACAAAUAUAUAUAUAAACAAAAAGAAAAGGAAAAUAAAGAUAGAAAAAGCGCAAAAGAAAAAAUUAAUGAUCUAACCAAUAUCAUUACUUUAACGGACGAAUGUAUACGAUAUUUGUCAUUAGUUAGGCUUUUUUUAAAUAGACAUAAAUAUAAAUUAAUAUUAAUUGAUGAAAUUCCUAUUGUUAAUUUUAAUAAGAUUGACUCGAAAUGCAACAAUUUUUUUGUAGGUAAAAUAAAACCAUUUAAUUAUAUAAUAAGAAAUUGUUUUCCAAAUAAUACAGUUAUAAUUAUUUCUCAUAACGCGAAUGCAUUAUCAUGCUGUGACUUCAUUUAUGUUAUAAGAAAAGGAGAAGUAGCUUAUCGAUGUGAUUGCAAGAGCAUAAGAACACAGUCAGAAUUAGCAAAUAUGCUAGAAAAAGAUGAUUAA